AUGCCGCAGAGAAUCAUUGUUGUUGGCGCCGGCCUUUCCGGCCUGAGCGCUGCUCACACCAUCUACCUUGCCGGCGGCAAUGUUGUGCUUCUCGACAAGAACAACUUCAUGGGUGGCAACUCCACCAAGGCCACCUCCGGCAUCAACGGUGCCUUGACCCGCACACAGACCGACCACAAGAUCGCCGACAGCGUCAAGCAAUUCUACGACGACACCAUCAAGUCGGCACGAGACAAGGCCCGACCAGAUCUCGUCAAAGUCCUCACAUACCAGUCGGCGGGUGCCGUAGAGUGGCUGCAGGAUGUCUUCAACCUCGACCUCACCCUGGUUUCGCGCUUAGGAGGCCACUCCUACCCACGAACGCACCGUGGCCACGAUGCCAAGUUCCCCGGAAUGGCCAUCACCUACGCCUUGAUGCAGCGAUGGGAAGAGCUAUGUGAGAAGGAGCCGGAGCGAGUCGAGCUGGUCAAGAAGGCCAAGGUCAUGAAGAUCAACAUGGACGGAAACAGGGCGACUGGUGUUACGUACAAGUUCGGCCAUGAGGACGUCACAGUCGAUGGCCCAGUCGUGCUCGCGACUGGUGGCUACGCCGCUGACUUCGGCGAGGACUCGCUCCUCAAGAAGCACAGGCCAGACACUUUCGAUCUGUCGACCACCAACGGCAACCACGCCACUGGUGACGGUCACAAGAUGCUCAUGGCCAUUGGCGCAAACGGCGUCGACAUGGAGUCUGUCCAGGUCCACCCAACUGGUCUGGUCGACCCCAAGGACCCAACCGCAAAGACCAAGUUCUUGGCAGCAGAGGCUCUCCGUGGCGAGGGUGGUCUCCUGAUCAACAGCAAGGGUGAGCGAUUCGUCGACGAGCUGCAGCACCGUGACUUUGUCUCCGACAAGAUGUGGGAAGAGAAGAAGAAGGGCAACUGGCCAAUCCGCCUUUGCUUGAACAGCAAGGCAUCAAACACCCUCGACUUCCACACUCGCCACUACUCUGGCCGUGGUCUCAUGAAGAAGAUGACUGGAGCCGAGCUUGCCAAGGACAUCGGCUGUGGCGAGAAGAAGCUCGGCGAGACAUUCAAGGCAUACAACAAGUACGCAAACGGCGAGGAGAAGGACCCAUUCAACAAGAAGUUCUUCCACAACUUCCCCGUCGAGGUCAACGAUGACUUUCACGUCGCACACAUGGAGCCCGUGCUCCACUUCACCAUGGGUGGUAUCGAGAUCAACGACAAGUCAGAGGUCCUCAACUCAAAGGGCGAGCCUUUCGAGGGACUCUUCACUUGCGGUGAGCUGGCAGGUGGUGUCCACGGUGCCAACAGACUCGGUGGCUCAUCUCUGCUCGGCUGUGUCGUCUACGGUCGCGUGGCAGGUACCAGCUCGAGCAAGUACCUCUUCCAGGAAGUCCUCAACAGCGAGGGUGGCCAAGCAGCAUCGCGUGCCGGCCAAAUUAGCCUUCACAUCGACCCCAGCACACCAGGCAAAUUCACCGUGGAGUGGGGCACCGGCUCGGGCGCAAGCUCCGGCUCCAGCGACAACACCAGCAAACUGCAGCAGCACGGCCAGAAGUCCGCGGCUCCAGUCAUGGACGGUAAGGGCGGUGACCCAGGCAAGAAGCAGGAGACGAACGACGUCAAGAACUUCAAGGUGCCAGAGGACGAGUACUCUCUCGAAGAGGUCGCGAAGCACAACAAGAAGGAGGACCUGUGGAUCGCAGUCAAGGGUGUCGUCAUGAACGUCACCGACUGGGUUGACGAGCACCCAGGUGGUCCACAAGCGCUUUUCUCACACAUGGGCAAGGACGCGUCGGAAGAGUUUGAGAUGUUGCAUGAUGAUGAGGUCAUUCCAAAGUAUGCUGCUGGUAUUGUGAUUGGCAGAGUGAAGGGGCAGGAGAUUACGUUGGAGUACUAG